AUGAGCCACUACGUCCCGCUGGUUGCCUCCGUCAAGGUCAAGCUGCCGGCCCUGCCCGAGUCCUGGGCCGCCGACAAGACCCACCAGGUCAGCAGCACCCUCGAGACCCCCGCCACUCGCUCCUUCGAGCCCGUCGGCGCCGGGUACAUCUCGCGUCUGGUGCACCCCACCCGGUGCCCGAUCGCCGAGGCGGUCAACGGCUCCGGGGCCGCGGUCGCGGCCAAGGACGAGAUGGCCGGCCUGAACCCGCGGUUCGACGAGCUGUACGACGAGUCGGUGCCGGAGGCCCUCCUGGCCGCCGACCCGGCCGAGUACCGCACCCUGGACAUGUACCAGAUCCUGGGUCUGGGGAACCUGCGCCGGGCGGCCACCGAGGCGGACAUCCGCACGGCCCACCGCCGCCGCGUGCUGGUCCACCACCCGGACAAGCAGGCCCAGGCCCUGACCGGCGACACGCGUGACAACUUCUUCAAGUGCAUCCAGCGCGCGCUGGAUGUGCUGGUCGACCCGACCCUGCGCAUGCACUUCGACUCCUGCGACCCCACCUUCAAUGAGCGGCUGCCGGCGGCCACCCUGCCGGCCAAGGCCGACUUCUUCGAGGUCUACGGCCCGGUGUUCGCGGCCAAUGCCCAUUUCUCGGUCCGCCAGCCGGUCCCGGCCCUCGGCAACAUGGACACCCCCCUGGACGAGGUGCAGGCCUUCUACGAGUUCUGGUAUGCCUUCGAGAGCUGGCGCGUGUUCAACUGGCGCGACAAGGAGGGCACCAUGUCCGAUGGCGGGUCUCGCGAUGACAAGCGCUGGACCGAUCAGCAGAACCGCCGCGCCCGCGAGGAGGCCAAGACCAAGGACAAUGCCCGGCUCCGGACCCUGGUCGACCAGGCCGCCGCCCUGGACCCCCGGAUGAAGCUCCUCCGCGAGGCGGAGAAGAAGCGCCGCGAGGAGCAGAAGCGCAGCCGCCAGCAGAGCCGCGCCGGUGCCGCCGGGGCCCUGGCCGCGCAGAAGGCCGCCGCCGAGAAGGCCGCCGCCGAGAAGGCCGCCGCCGAGGCCGCCGAGGCCGCUGCCCAGAAGGCCGCCGCCGCCGCCGCCGCCGAGGCCGAGCGCAAGGGCCGCGAGGACCGCAAGAAGAUCGCCAAGAAGGAGCGCAAGACCCUGCGCGGCCUGAUGCGCGAUCACGCCUGCUUCCUCUCCGGCGAGGAGGCCUCCCCCCUGAGCAAGGCCCACCAGCAGGCCACCAUCAACCUGGAGCUCUUCCUGGAGAAGUACGAUGUCAUGGACCUGGAGAAGCUUAACCGCGCCAUCGAGGCCGCGUCGGACUUCGCCGCCAAGGGUGCCCUCUAUUUCGCGGCCCUGGACGCCACUCUCGGCACGGCCGAGGCCAGCCGCAAUGCCGCCACCGCGGCCGCGGCCGCCGCCGCCGCCGCUUCCACCGCCACCGCCGCCGCGGCCGCCGCCCCGGAGUGGACCGAUGCCCACCGCAAGGUCCUGGUCCAUGCGAUCAAGACCUUCCCCGGUGGCACCACCGAGCGCUGGACCAAGAUCACCGAGCACGUCAACACCCAGUGCAGCACCACCUUCACCGAGAAGCAGGUGGUCGCCGAGUCCAAGGCCAUGGAGAGCGGCGUCGGGUCCGUCACCAUGACCGACCUGCAGUUUGAGCGCCGCCAGGGCGAGGUCAAGAUCGCCGAUGCCCCGACCCAGCGCUCGGACCUGACCGAUGCCGACAUGCGGAACACCACCGCCCCGGCCUCCACCGAGACCCCCUGGUCCGCGGCCGAGCUCGACACCCUGGUCCAUGCCCUGCGCACUGUGCCGGCCACCGACGCCGACCGCUGGGGCAAGAUCGCGGCCUUCCUGCCGGACCGCCCGCGCCAGAGCAUCACCGCCAAGAUCAAGGAGCUGCAUGCCAUGAAGCAGCAGAAGUGAGAAGGGGGUGGCGCACGUGUGCCCGCGUGUGUGUGCCUUUCUCUCUCUCUCUCUCUUGUCUUGUCUUCCCUCCCGGUCCCCCUUUCUUUUUUUUUUCAGGGGUUGACCAAAUACACAAGUCUCCAUUCGCA